ACUCCUCCCCCGUCUCCGAAUCACGAGAUGCUGAGUUCCUUCUGCUUCUGCCGCUCCGCCACUCGACGAUUGUCCUAUCCUUCUGCCGCUCGCAUGGCCGCCGUUUCCACAGCCUCCGAGGCGAAGGAGCCGCAGCAGCCUUCGCCUGUUCUGGUGGCCAAGCGUUUGGAUAAGUUUAAGACAACUAUCUUCACUCAGAUGAGCAUGCUUGCGGUUAAACAUGGAGCCAUUAACUUAGGCCAGGGUUUCCCAAAUUUUGACGGGCCUGAUUUUGUCAAGGAAGCUGCCAUUCAAGCUAUAAGGGAUGGGAAGAAUCAAUAUGCAAGGGGUUGUGGUGUACCUGAUCUUAAUUCCGCCAUCGUGGACAGGUUCCACAAGGACACUGGUCUACAUAUAGAUCCUGAGAAGGAAGUGACCGUGACAUCUGGGUGCACUGAAGCAAUUGCUGCGACCAUGUUAGGUUUGAUCAAUCCUGGCGAUGAAGUGAUUCUCUUUGCCCCAUUUUACGAUUCCUAUGAAGCAACUCUUUCUAUGGCUGAUGCAAAAAUAAAGGUUAUUACUCUUCGCCCUCCUGAUUUCGCAGUCUCAGUUGAUGAGCUCAAGUCUGCAGUCUCAAAGAACACACGUGCAAUACUGAUAAACACACCUCAUAAUCCAACUGGAAAAAUGUUCACCAGAGCAGAACUAGAACAGAUUGCCUCUCUCUGCAUAGAAAACGAUGUUUUAGUGUUUGCUGAUGAGGUUUAUGAUAAAUUAGCAUUUGAAGCUGAGCAUAUCUCGAUAGCUUCCCUUCCUGGUAUGUAUGAAAGGACUGUGACUAUGAACUCUCUAGGGAAGACAUUCUCCUUGACAGGAUGGAAAAUUGGAUGGGCUAUAGCACCGCCACAUUUGACAUGGGGCUUGAGGCAAGCACACUCAUUUCUAACAUUUUCCACUUCGACACCGAUGCAAUGGGCUGCUUCAGUAGCUCUGAGGGCACCUGAUACCUACUACGAGGAGUUGAAGAGGGACUACUUGGCAAAGAAAGCUAUACUAGUGGAGGGACUAAAAGCUGCAGGUUUCAUAGUGUAUCCAUCAAGUGGAACCUACUUUGUUAUGGUAGAUCACACGCCUUUUGGGUGUGAAAAUGACAUCGACUUUUGCGAGUACCUAAUUAAGGAAGUUGGUGUGGUAGCGAUUCCAACCAGUGUAUUCUAUCUCAACCCUGAGGAAGGGAAGAAUUUGGUCAGAUUCACCUUCUGCAAGGAUGAGGAGACGCUGAGGGCGGCAGUUGAGAGGAUGAAGGAAAGGCUUCACAAGAGCUGAAAAGCAUAGCAUCUUUAAGCUUCUAUGAUGCGCUCUCUACUCAAAUUCUCAUAGUUUAAGAGGGGCAUUACCUCAAUUUAUAGAAGUAUUUAUCUUCACUAGUUUUUUUAUGAACUGUCAAAAUGAAGCUCAAGUCUUAAGCUAUCAAACAUUUCGCCUUGCCGGUGGAUUUGAUAUUCAAAGGCUGGUCGACCCUUAUUCUAAUUGGUUCUCAUAUUGAGGAGAAAAGUGUGGUGACUUGAUAAUGCGCUUAACAUAUCUUUGUUAAAAAUAAUAUGUUUAUUUUGCUUACUCUAAUGUUAAUACAAAUGGAAAUUCCAAUCC